UGAAAAAACAUCAUCAGCAGUUGGUCUGAUGUUGGCGCGGCUCCCUCAAAUUGCUAUUCGAGAAUCGACUCUUCUUCAACCUCCAAUAACCUACGCUUCAUCUCUUUCACAUACAAACCCUAAUCAUAAUCAAUUCGAUAUCUUUACCUUUGAAGCGAUCUAUAGAAACACCUGCAAACUACUACUCUUUCUAACCCAAUCCAGAUCUCUCUCCAAAGGUCUUCAACUACAUACAUUCAUCGUCAAAUCAGGAAUUCAAUCAAUUCCCAUCAUUUCCCAUCAUCUAAUCAACUUCUAUUCAAAAACCCAACAUCCAUUAGAUUCUUGUAGAAUCUUCGCAGAGGCGCCAUUAAAGACGUCAACAACUUGGAGCUCUGUUAUCUCUUCUUUCACUCAAAAUGAACUUCCUUGGCUCGCUAUUGAAUAUUUUCGUCAGAUGUUGGCUGCUGGAAUCCCACCGGAUGAUCAUACAUUCCCAAGCGCAACGAAAGCUUGUGCGAUUCUUUCCAGAGCUGACGUUGGUAAAUCGUUUCAUUCCCUUGCUGUGAAAACUGGGUAUGACAUUGAUGUGUUUGUAGGAAGUUCGGUAGUGGAUAUGUAUGCUAAAUGUGGUGAAAUUUUAAAUGCACGGAAGGUGUUUGAUAAUAUGCCUGAGAAAAAUGUGGUUUCUUGGAGUGGUAUGAUUUAUGGGUAUACUCAACUUGGUGAGAAUGAAGAAGCUUUGAAUUUGUUCAAGCAGGCUUUAUGGUAUCAGCUUGAAGUUAAUGAUUUCACUUUCUCAAGUGUUAUAAGAGUUUGUGGUAAUUCAACUUUACUCGAAUUAGGAAAACAAAUUCAUGGAUUAUGCUUGAAAACGAGCUACGAUUCGUCGAGUUUCGUAGGUAGUUCAUUGGUUUCGUUAUACUCGAAAUGUGGAGUUAUUGAAGAGGCUUAUCAAGUAUUCGAUGAAAUGCCAAACAGAAACCUCGGGUUAUGGAACUCGAUUCUAAUAGCCUCUGCUCAGCAUUCCCACACCCAGAAAGCUUUUGAUUUUUUCAAACAAAUGGAAUUCCAACCGAAUUUCAUCACGUUUCUUUGCAUGUUAUACGCUUGCAGCCACUCGGGUCUAGUUGAGGAAGGAAAGCAUUACUUUCAGUUAAUGAAGAAACAGGGGAUUCAACCUAACGAUCAGCAUUACGCAUCCAUGGUUGAUUUACUAGCUCGAGCAGGGAAAUUACAAGAAGCGGUUUCGAUUAUUGAUGAAAUGCCAAUGAAACCAACUGAAUCGGUUUGGGGGGCUUUACUAACCGGAUGUAGGAUUCAUGGCGAUACUGAAUUAGCCUCUUUUGCUGCAGAUAAAGCGUUUGAGAUCGGUUUCCUUAGCCCUGGCAUGAACAUUCUCUUAUCGAACGCGUAUGCAGCUGCAGGAAGAUAUGAAGAAGCAGCUAAUGCUAGGAAAAUGUUGAGAGAUCGAGGUGUUAAGAAGGAAACCGGUUUGAGUUGGGUUGAGGAAGGGAAUAAGGUGCAUACGUUUGCAGCUGGAGAUAGAUCGCAUUCGAGAAGUUUAGAGAUUUAUCGGAAAUUGGAAGAAUUGGAAAUGGAAAUGGAGCGAGUUGGAUAUGUUGUGAGCACGGGAUUUGUGUUGAAAGAAGUGGGGGUCGAGGAGAAAAGGGAAGCGGUUAGGUAUCAUAGUGAACGGUUGGCGAUUGCGUUUGGUUUGAUUGUGUUUCCGGGUGAGAGGCCGAUUAGAGUUAUGAAGAAUUUGCGGGUUUGUGGCGAUUGUCAUAAUGCGAUCAAGUUUAUGUCGAAAUGUAGUGGAAGAGUUAUUAUUGUGAGGGAUAAUAAUCGGUUUCAUAGGUUUGAAAAUGGGGAAUGUUCAUGUGGUGACUAUUGGUGAUUGUUAUAGUGAUUUUUUUGCUAUUAAAUUUAU